CUGCAGCUUUCACCGCCCAACAAUACCAGCAGCAUCAGGAGCAGCUGGCCUUGAUGCAGAAACAGCAGCUAGAGCAGAUCCAACAGCAAGCCAACAGCGCCACCUCCACUGCCAAAAGCACACAGGUUGGUUAGUUAGUUAGCCUGCUCUCUGACCUGGGCUGCUCAGAAUAAGGGUACUGAUCUAGGAUUAUAAUGAAUAUGAUUCUAUAGACAGGAGGGACCUGAUCCUAGAGCUGCACUCCUACUCUUGAGAUGCUUGAUACAUAUAGCCCGUCUCUCCUCUCUCUGUCCGUCUCAGGUAGUCUUUUCAAUUUGGUGUUAAUACGUUCUUGUUAUCCCUCUCUUCCAGGUUUUGGUCUCCAAGACGUUAGAUUCUGCCUGUGCCCAGUUUGCUGCAACUGCCCUGGUGACCACAGACCAGCUGCUGGCCUUGAAGACUAAGGAUGAGGAAGGGCCGGGCAGUGGGGUCAACGGGCUCCUUUCACCCUCAGGUAACAUUGACUGCACCAAAGCAUUUGUAUUAAAAGAAGAGCUUGAAAGAAAAGAGAAACUCGCACAUUGCGUUUGCAGGUAUCACUUUGGACGGGUAAAACUGCAGGUAAAACUGACGAAGGCCAUGAGGCCGGUAUGCAAGCUAAAUAUAUACAAGUCAAUCCGGUAAGGGCAGUGUGCAGGUUUCCCUUUUCUUUCAAGAUAACAUCAAAUAAUUCCCACGCACCUCCAACAAGUAUCCUCAGAUGUGCGAGUGCUUUUCCAAUUAAAUGCAGGGCUUUCACAGAAGCAAACGAAAGGUUGGAACCGAUCAAAAGGGAUACUGCUUGUAUAGCUUCUGCGAGUACCAUGCAGACCUAAUGAUUUGUUUUCUGUUUUGCCUUCCUACAGGUGUCUACAAGGGCUUGCACCUCACUAGCACAGCAUCCCCGUCGCCUGCUGCCCCCACCUCCAUCCCUAGCCCUCUGACCACCACUACCCCCUCCUCCCCCUUCCUCUUGCCCAGCACUUUCAACAACAACGGCAACCCCCACACCCACACCAAUGCUGCCAAGUCCACCACCACUCAGGUCCUGAUGGGGAACAACAACAACCUCCAUCUGAGCAUGUCCUCCCCCGGGGGUCCCGCUGGGGGGGCCCUCACCAAGCGCAACAUACCCCGGACACUAAGCCACACCCAUGUCGCUGUGUCGUCAUCUGCCUUAAAGCUGGCUGCCACCGCUAACUGUCAAAUGCCCAAGGUCACCACCAACACCCCGUCAAUGGACAUGGUGCCAAGGUGAGAGAGGGGGAGGGAAUGGAUGCGCAUGUUUGUGUCCCAAAUGGCACCCUAAUCCCUUUAUAGUGCACUAUUGACCAGGGCUCUGAUAGAGCUGUAGUAUACUACAUAGGGAAUAGGGUCCAUUUGGGACACAGUGCAGAGAAAUUGACAAUUAGUGUUCAGACCACCGUAGCUUAAACUGCUGCUUCAGGAAUAUUACCUACCUGUCCGUCUGUGUCAAUAAUGAAUGUAGAUAUUGUUGAACAGUCUCUGAUAAUUUUAACAAAUAAUUCUCUCCACCUGCAUCCAGGGAAAAUCAGGAUCAAGACAAGCCAGCACUAAACAGCAUAUCGGACAACACAGUGGCCAUGGAGGUCACGUAGCCUCUUAACACGGGCAGGACUAAAGGCUCAGCCGGGAACUCAUUUAGGUGCUAUGCAUCGUGUAGUUGUGAAUGCAAGGAAGGGGCAGUGGUAUGCACGCACACAGCAUUCAACGCUGUCUCCAUGGCAACUGUUGGGACUUAAUUGCAAUGCUUGUCUUUAUUUUUUUACUGUUAAUAAGAAAUAUCAACGUCUGUAAAUUAUGAAUAUGGCAAUUGUAAGUACAGUAGUGCAUAUUUGUAAUACCCUACCACCCUUGUAUAUAACAUUACUUGA